AUGCAGGUUGAGGGCUCAGUGGACGGGAACCCAUGCCGCCUGACAGUGGACACCGGGGCUGAGAAGACUUUGGUGUGGCCUGACAUGCUGACCGCCACUCGAGUCCCAGACGCGCCACAGAGGCUGUGUGGCGUGACGGGGCACUGUGUGCAGCUCAAGGGCUCAGUGGAUGUUCGUAUCGGCGUGGGCAGCGCUGUGGAGCGGCUGCCGGUGUACAUCGCCGACUUGGACGAACCAUGUCUGCUGGGACUCGACUACCUGACGCAGAGCAAGGCUUGUGUCGACCUUGGACGGAAGCUGGUGAGGGUGCCUGGCCAAGAAGUGCCCUUGCUUCCGUAG